GUCGCCAGUUAGCCAGCGUUGUCCGAACAGUAUGGUUUGUACCUAACUGUAGUGAAGUGAAGCGAAACUACGUCCAACAUGAAGUUCAAGCAGGUUUUAGACGUAAAUAAAGUGAUCGCACACUUACUACAGGUCGGGAAGAAGAAGACGGAAAAACAGAUGACGCUGUCAGAAUGGCAGGUGCGUCAGCUGUGCGCUGCCACGCGGCAGAUCCUCCUGGAACAACCCAUGCUGCUCGAGCUGGAGUCUCCGGUGAAUAUUGUCGGCGACAUCCACGGCCAGUUUGACGAUCUACUGAGGCACUUUGACAAACUAGGCUACCCACCUCAGGCGAACUAUCUCUUCCUCGGCGAUUAUGUGGAUAGGGGGAAGAAUUCGUUGGAGACAAUCUGUUUACUUCUCGCCUACAAAAUCAAGUAUCCAAACAACUUCUUCCUACUCCGGGGUAACCACGAAUGUGCCAGUAUCAAUAGGAUUUACGGGUUUUAUGAUGAAUGUAAAAGAAGAUACACGGUCAAACUGUGGAAAACGUUUACAGAUCUGUUCAACUGCCUUCCAGUAGCGGCUCUGAUAGAAGGAACGAUAUUUUGUAUGCAUGGAGGACUAUCACCACAGUUAGUAGAUCUUAAUCAAAUCCGGACUAUUCCAAGGCCUCUGGAUGUUCCGGACUCUGGCCUGGUGUGUGACCUGCUCUGGGGGGACCCGGAUGAGGGUGUGAUAGGAUGGGGUCAGAACGACCGAGGUGUGAGUUACGUGUUCGGUGGCGAUGUCGUCCGUAGUUUUCUCCGCAAACACAACUGUUCGCUCAUCGUCCGCGCACAUCAGGUGGUCGAGGAUGGAUAUCAGUUCUUCUCCCAUCGCAACCUUCUCACACUCUUCUCUGCGCCCAACUACUGCGGCGAGUUUGACAACGCCGGAGCUGUUAUGUCUGUCUCGGAAGAUCUGACGUGCUGCUUUAGUAUUUUACCGCCUGAGAAGAAAAAGCCCAUAAAAUACAAGUGAAAAUGAGCUUCUGGGGGAUGAAGACUUUGACUUCUGUUUUACCUCCGAUUUAUCCAUACAGUUACCUACCAAAGUAAGAGCAUAUUGAAUAACGUAUGGAAUAUGUGUAAAUAAAUAAAUGUACAGUAUUUAUAACGCUU